UUUUUGAUCAAAUGUAUUAACAGAAUAAUUACAUGAAUAAAACUGCCAACCAGCAGCAGCAUUGAACAGUAACAGUGUGAGGCUGAGAGGAACAUACACCAGGGCAGUGCCUGCUUUUACCUCUCUCCAAAUGGAACCUACAGGUCAUCACAUUCAAUGUAAAGGACUUUUUUCUCCCAAACACGACUGUAGAGUGACUGAACAUAUUCAAGCAUGCUCAUGGAGUCAACAUCAGAAAAGAUGCAAAUGUGCUCGCUCCAGAGAGACAGAGGGGCAGAGGCCAGAACAACACCGGGGAACACUGCACAAGUCAUUGGCGCCCAGGGGACGGGUCCCUGCCACAAACAGCUCCUCCACCAAACGCAUAGUGAGUUCCACCAAGACACUGAGUGUGUAUACAUAUGUUCCCAUGGGAUUUUCUCUCGUGGUUUCAACCUCCCUGAGUAUAUAGAGAGGAACACUGUGAAUGACAUCAUUCUCUUCUACUAUGACAGUAAUAUGGACUCUAAAAUGCCCCGUCCAGACUGGAUCAACAGCACCGCAGGACAGUGGCACUGGAACCAUAUGAAUCUGUGGACAGAACGCAACAGACUUUUUCUUACUCUGGGAUUUGAGUCGGCUAUUAAUCAGUUCAACAAGACAGGUUCCUUGUCUGACCAAAACGUGUACCAGGCCAGCGGCUGCUGUUACCUCUAUCCAAAUGGAGCCUAUAGGACAUCCCUAACUCACAUAUUCAAUGGAAAGGACUUCUUAAGCUUAGAUGUUGACAGAAAGACGUUUGUUGCUGCUGUUCAUCAGGCAGUAGUUUAUAAACGCCUGAGAGAUGGAGAUGAAGUCGAUCUACAAGUCUUAACAAAUUUCUAUAACACAGUGUGCCUGGAUGGAAUUAAUGUCUUCAAGAACACUCCUAAAGUACGUCUCAGAAAAGUUCCAGAAGUCAGGAUCUUUGAGAAACAGAAGGCUGGCUCCAUCACAGUCACGUGUCACGUGACAGGGUUUUACCCCAGGGCGGUUCAGGUCGACUGGCUCGGUCCAGAUCUGCAGCCUGUGGAUGAAGGGGUCACUGAUGUGCUGCCCAACGAGGACGGCACAUACCAGACCAGAAAGAGUGUGACAGUUCCAGAGGAGGAUGUAGGGAAACACACCUACAGCUGUGUCGUGCUUCAUAGCAGCGUAGAGCACAACAUCACCACAGUCUGGGUUGUGGGGAAACGCAACAGGUUUGCUGUUUGGACUUCUCUGGUCUGCACUUGCUUGCUGGUCAUUGGAUUUGGUUUCUGCAGGUGCUUUGAGCUGAACUGACCCUCUUCAGGAACUCUUUACAGCAGUUUGCUCUGGGACAGAACAGUGGAGCUUACAGAUCUGCCAUCAUUCAGUCUCCUCAAGUCUUUCCUUGCAUUCAUCCUCUCAUUCAUUUAGUGUCAUGUCUUGUACUGAUACCACGUCUGGAUCCAUAGAUGCAGUAAUAUGUAAACAAACUGGACAAAUAGGAAGACAAACAACUGUGAGCUGUUCUUUCAGGAAUUAAUUUCAGUAAUUGUGAUGCAUCAAGCUGGUCUUUCACUAGAUACAUAUAGAAAAGCAAUGACACAUUUCCACCAGAGGGGUCCCCAAAUCCCCAAAACACACAUAGUGCAGCUUUAAAUACACCCUCAAAGACUCCACAGCUAAAUAUUAAAAAGUGGGGGCCCUUUUCAGCACAUCUAGAUAAAAUAGAGCCCGGUAUCUGUCAGACACCAAUUAAGUGCAUUUACUGUGACUUUCUUCUUUUCUUUAUAUCUUACAUUGUUGCCUCCUGCCUGCUGAUAUGUCAUUAUGUUUAGCUGAUCCUAAUCCUGAUGCUCCUGAUGUUUUUCUAAAGAUCCCCUUCAUUUUCUCCUCCAAUCACCCUUACACUAUCCACCAUUACCUCAGUCAAACUUUCAGUACUUUAGCGGUGAGCUAGUGUUCCUUUCAAUGUGCUUUGAAUUUGAAGCUCCACAUAUUCAAAAAUAUAUGGGGCUGGUCUGUAAAAGUGAGGCCUCACAACACACCUGAUCAACUAAUCAGCACAUUAAUAAUCCCUUACUGGGUUAAAGUGGGUGUGAUAAAGUAGGAAAAGCACCAAAAGUGCAGGCAGGGGGUCUCCAGGACCACCAUUAUGAAACACUGAUCUAUUUAUAAAUGGAUCACUGUCAUUGAUGCGUCAUUUUAAUCAAUAUGGAAGCCGAAAUCUUUAAUUAUUAUACAUGACAGGUAAACUGUCUUUGUGAGAUUUAAACACUUCAAAACAUCCUGACUCUGCUGAGCUUCAACCAUGUGAUGAAAAAGUUUGCAGUUAUUAAACAAGUUACCUUCAAAGCCAAAGAAUUCACUCACAAGGCAGAAAAUAAAGGCAGACAGAGAGAAAAACAUUUCAACAGACUUUAAUAAAGUAAAUGCUUGUUUUUCUUAAUGUUAUAUAUAAAUGAGACAGACCCAUAGAGGAAUAACAGCAUGAAUCAAUCAACAGACAUCAAGAGAAAAUAACAGUCUAAAAAUAGUCUCUCUAUGAAAUGCAGGUGUGUUCUGGCACUGUUUCACUACUAGUACCAUCACUAUUAAACUGUAUUACAUUAUGAUUAUAUUAUCUGUGCAGUUACUCUGUACA